AUGUUGCUCAAGGAUGAUCCAAGUAGUGAUGAGGAAGUCUCUGUAAUUCCAAUUGUCGGUAUGGGAGGUAUCGGCAAAACUACUCUGGCUCAGCUUGCCAUCAAUGACGAUAAAGUGAAGGGCCAUUUUGAUUUGAGAGAAUGGGUAUAUGUUUCUGAUGACUUUGACGUUUCGAGAAUAACCAAGACCAUUCUACAAUCUGUUGAUCCGGGUACUCGUGAUGUCAAUUAUCUCAAUUUGCUUCAGGUCAAUUUGAAGGAGAAUUUUUCUGGGAAGAAGUUUCUUCUUGUGUUAGACGAUGUUUGGAAUGAGAAUUGUCAUGAAUGGGAUACUUUGUGCAUGCCAAUGAGAGCUGGGGCACCAUUGGCAGAAGGCUUUUUGCAACAAACAAAGGGGAAUACCAGGCCAGAAGACUUAGGUUCUAAAUACUUGGAUGAUCUGUUCUCCAGGUCAUUUUUUCAACAUUCAAGUCAAUAUUCAUCCUGA